AUGUUCCCUGAGACUGAGGGAUUCCUUGUAGCUAUACAGGACCAGGUCAUUCCUACCAACAAUUACAAGAGGUUCAUACUUAAGAACUUGCAACAGUCUGAUAAAUGCAGGUACGGCUGUCAGGACUCCGAAACAAUACAGCACGUAACUGGUGGAUGCCAAGCAUUCGCUCCAACGGACUAUAAGGAGCGCCACGACAUAGCUGCCAAAAUCAUUCACCAGGAGUUGGCAUACAAAUUCAAACUGAUCGAAUGCAAGCUACAGUACUACAAAUAUACACCGCAAUGUGUCCUCGAGAACGACAAGUAUAAACUAUACUGGGAUCGCACUGUGCUUACGGACCAAUACAUAAAACAAAACAGACCUGACAUAAUCAUUGUCGACAAGGACGCCCAGAAAGUAACACUGAUUGAUGUGGCCAUACCUAAUAGUAACAAUUUAACAUACAAACAUAAUGAGAAAGUUGCAAAAUACAGGGAGCUAGAAUUUCAAAUUAAACGCCAGUGGAAAAUGAAGUACGUGGAAACAAUACCAAUAAUAAUGUCAUCUACAGGGGUGAUACCAAGAAGGCUGCUAGAAAACAUCAAAGCGCUGGAACUGAGUGAAAACAUUUACAAAAUCAUACAGAAAGGAGUUUUGCUGGCAACUGCCCGCAUAGUAAGAAAAUUUAUGGGAAAUGCAAGUACCUAG